AUGGCGGUGUGCCACCUCGUGCAGGUCUUCACGCCGCCGGCGCAGGCCGGGGGCGACGUCGUGCCGCCCUUCCCCUUCGAGUCCCUCGCCCACCACAACAGCCUCGGAGUCUUCCUGUUCACGCUCACUAGGAAUAAUGAUGAUUCAUGCCUUGCCUAUGUAUUAGGAGCCAUUUCCAAUCUAUUAUCAAAGAUAGGCAUCUCAAACACAGUUGGAAUAAUCAGUUCUCCAUAUUCACUUGGGACCAAUAUUGGACUGGGCACACCAUUAUCCAUUCAGCAACAGUUACUUGUUCUUCUAAAGCGAUCACUCAAGAGAGCUGAUGCAUUGAAACUUCCAAGUUUACUAUCCUUUGAUCACCUUUCGCUGGCAAAAUUUGAUCUGAAGCAUGUCCAAAGGCCACUAGUCUCUUUUGGCCCUAAUGCAUCUACAAAGCUUAGAACAUGUCCUGCAGAUGUCAUUAAGAAUUUAAGAUUAGGUGCCCGUGUGUUGACUGACUUUGGAGCAGAUGUUCUAUCUACUUCAAAUGAUAAUGGUAGUUUUAGCACUUCGUGGCUUAGGAAUCUAUCCGCUGCUUCUGAUUCAUGGCGUAGAAGUUCUAAGAACACCAAGAAAUUACAUAUUAAUGACUUCGACAAUUUCCAUUAUCAUGCACAACCAAGUCCAGUACCUGCACCAAUAUUGCAAUUAGCUGGAGCCACCGCUUGGGAGCACUAUGGGAGUCAUAUCAUAUCAUAUCAUAAUAAAAAAAAGGAAAAUGGCAAGGAGAGAAAAGGAUGGUCGCCGAUGGCAGGCGACGCGAGGCCGGCCAUCAGUUGCGUGGCCCACCGAGCUAUAAAUGGGCCACGCCGGCCAGUUGGAUCGGCGGCACGGCAGCGGCACACGCACACGCAGACACAGCACAACACCACCAACCACCUCCUCCUCAUCAGAUCGAUCACCGCACCUAUGGGCGCGGCCGGCGACCCCGCUCCCCUGCCGGCGACGAAGCGGACGACGACGCUGGUGUUCACGUACGGGACGCUGAAGCGCGGGUUCUCGAACCACCGCCUCCUGGAGGAGCUCUCCGCGAGCGGGGACGCCACGCUGGUGGGCCCCGCGGUGACGUCGGCGCGGCUGCCGCUGGUGUGCGGGCCCUACCGGGUGCCGUUCCUGCUGAACCUCCCUAUCGGCGCCGGGGCCGCGGCGCACCGCGUGCGCGGGGAGGCGUACGCGGUGACGGCCUGCGGGCUGGCGCGGCUGGACGAGCUAGAAGGCGUCGCGACGGGCCACUACGAGCGGCUGCCGGUGGAAGUCGAAGUCGAGGUUGAGGGGGCGCGGAGGGGAGAAGCAGGGUGGUGGAGGCGAUCGCCUACUUCGCGCACCGGAGCUACGCCGGCGACCUGUGGCGGCGCAGCGGGGAGGAGGGCGUCCCUGAGUACACCCACGGCGUGGCGGCGGGGUAUGUCCGGCGCAAGGACCGGCCGCAGGGGCAGACGUUCCUGGAGCAGAUCCGGGUCUUCGUCUCCUCCCAAUCAUCCUAAUCCGUCCUAG